AUGCCGAACCGAAAGAACACUCGGGAUCUCACAAAGCUCUCAGGGAAGCCUCUGAUAGAGACCAUGAGGCCAUCUGCUCUGAAAAUGGACUCGGAAGGCUGGCUCACUUCUCCAGACCUCCAUGAGCAUGAUCUUCACAUUUCGUCUCUGGCUGUGUAUGACACGGCAAUUUUCCUAAUGGCCAACCCAAAUGUUACCUCGAGUCAUCUUUUUCGUGCAGAUAUACUGCAUGAUAGCUUGUGCCUCUUGAACACAAUUCAUGAAAACGGAGAUCGAAUACCAGCCAAGCCUGCAACCAAGGUUGAAGGAUUCGAGCUGAUCAGGACUGUGGUACGGAGAAUGAUACCGCGAAAUCCAAGCCUGGACAAGGCUUUGGAGCAAACGUGCCAUAUUUUUGCAUCUCCAGGUGCUCUUCCUGGAACCACAGAUGCUGUUCAUAAAGCUGACGAGCAGAGUGACGCCCAUCGCCUGCUUAUCAUGUACACCCCGCAUGUCUCAGCGCAAGAAGAAAUGCCCUUCUACCACCCACUCGUUAAGAGUCUCGCAUAUUUAUACAGGUUUGACCCCUAUCCUGGAACAGGCGCAGGCACGAUGUCAAUCCACUUCUUACCCUUUACACCCGACAUACCGAACCGUCUGGAACGCACUCUCCAUGUUCUUCUCAACUUCAAUAUCCGACUUGCUCAACAAUCAAAAGCAAAUAACCCCCAGGAUCAAAUCAAAGACACCGAUCAAGGCUCAUUUAAGGACAACGUGGUUCCCCGCCACAUAGUCCAAGACACUUAUGCCCGCCUCAAGACGCUAUACGCCAAAGACCUGUGUGACCGUUGGGUUGAGAAAACCGAGCCUAGCAAGCAUGUCUUCGAAGACUUGGCCAUCGCUGCUUUUCUCAUCGAGCUUUGGCGGUUGAUGUAUGACAUUGAUCCACCGAAAGAGAAGACAACCACCCCGAAGCAAGAAAAGGCGACAGCUUUCCAGAGCUUUGUAGAUGUGGCAUGUGGAAAUGGUGUACUGGUUUACGUACUUCUGAUGGAAGGGUACUCGGGCUGUGGCUUCGAUGCUCGCCGGCGCAAGACAUGGGGCAUUUUUCCCAUCUCCGUGCAAGAGCAUUUAUCUGAAAACAUCUACAUCCCUAAGCCCUUUGCCGAUGCACUUGGUCCAGUGGACAUUGGCGUGAAAACACAUACUGGGGACUUCCUACAAGGAACAUUCAUCAUCUCCAACCAUGCGGAUGAACUUACAGUUUGGACACCGCUCAUGGCUGCUCUCGCUUGUCCGGAGUCCCCGCUGCCGUUUCUCUCCAUUCCAUGCUGCUCCCACUCUCUCGCUGGAUCCCGAUAUCGGUAUCCUCCACCGAAGAAGAGCAAAGGCCCGCAAAUGCAGGAAGCGAAGCCAGUGGAGCAGAAUCCACAACCCACAUCAGGAGACCUGAGAGCUUUACGAGCCGCCAAGGACAAAGAGAAGACCGGAGACGGAAUGUUGAAUUCGAUGUAUGGCUCUCUAACAGCGAAGACAAUGAGUAUCGCUGAAGAAAUCGGAUACGAGGUCGAAAAGACCCAACUGCGUAUCCCAAGCACGCGAAACUUCGGCGUGGUAGGCGCUCGGCAAUUGUUCUCCCCGCGUCGAAGAAACCUGGCACCGAGCAACCUCAUACGAAAACAGCCAGGUGAAGAAAGCACCGAGCUAGUUCAAAGGAUCAACAGUAUUGUCGAGCGAGAGUGUGCCAUGGAAGGUGGUAUUCAAACUUCCGCGCGGAUGUGGAUCGAGCGCGCUCAUAGCUUGCAUGAGGGCCCGGGAAUGGGGAACCAGGCGCACAGUUGA